AUGUAUCCAAAUAUUCGAGUUGGUGCGAACUAUGGAUUACCUGUACCUUAUCAAACCGUCAUUUCACCUGCACUUUCAAACGGUACACAAAUUCAUGUCAGCGGUAUAGCUACUGGAAACAGAUUUGAAGUUAAUCUAAAAAAUUAUCAAGAUGAUGUUGUCUUACAUGUUAAUCCACGUUUCGAUGAUAAUGCACUCAUUCUCAAUAGUGCUCAGCACGGAUUAUGGGGACAAGAAGAACGCCAUGGAUUGCCAAUCUAUCGUGGAACACCGUUUACAAUGGUUAUCUUAGCGACAGAUUGCAACUUCAACAUUGCUGUAAAUAAUACUCAUAUUUGUGACUUUUAUCAACGAACACCAAUGUAUUUGGCUCAACUAGUUGAAGUUAAAGGUGAUAUUAAUUUAGAAUCUGUUCAAGUUUAUCCAGGAUCAGGUUCUAUGGGUAGUGGCAUGGGCUACUGUCCACCACCUCCACCAUCUGCGGGUAGAGACUUUAUUGUUGAAUCUGGCUUCCCAUCAGCUCCUCCGCCUUUCGUGGGUAGUGGUGUACCAUCGAUACAAUCAUGUAGAAUACAUACAGGUUCUCGUAUUUUUGUACGAGGUUUUAUUCCUCCUGGUGCUAAUCGAUUUGAACUCAAUUUAUUACAAGGUUAUUCGGAUAGUGAUGAUAUAGCUUUUCAUUUUAAUCCACGUUUUGAUUCACGUACAAUAGUCAAAAAUUAUCGACGAAAUAAUCAAUGGGGUCAAGAAGAAAAUCAACCAUUUCCAUCAUAUAUGCCUUUAAUACCAGGUUCAUCGAUUGAUUUACAAAUAACAUGUAAUACGGAUAAAUAUACGGUAUUUAUGAACAAUUAUUUUAUUGCUGAAUUCUAUCAUAAAAUUCCACCUGGUUAUGUUAUGGCCCUUCAGUAUAAAGGUGAUAUCAUAAUUAGUGGUAUUGGACAAUUAUGA